AUGAAUGACCUCUUGGGCGAUGAAAUACUUGGUCAUCCUGGAUUAACUAUUGAACAACAGAAAAAGAUUGCUGAACUUCAAUCACAAGCUGCUAAUCGAUCCUUAUCUACACCAUCUGCAGAACGUUUCUCUAUGAAACAACCCACAUGUUCCCUUUAUGUAGGUGAAUUAGAUCCUGAAAUUGACGAUAAUGUUUUAAGAGAACACUUUAAAACUGCUAAAAGUAUACAUAUCUGUCGUGAUCAUGUUACUGGAAGAAGUUUAGGCUAUGCUUAUAUCAACUUUUACAAAGCAGAAGACUGUUCUGAUGCUUUGAAAAAUAUGAAUUAUUCAUUAAUUAAUGGUAGACCUUGUCGUUUGAUGAUGGAUGAAAAAGAUCCAAAUAAAAGAACUACUGGAACAGGAAAUUUAGUUAUUAAGAAUUUACCCAUCUCAGUAGAUGAAAAAUCUUUAUAUGAUACAUUUGCUCAAUGGGGUAAUGUUGUUUCUUGUAAAGUUAUAAAGAACCCUAAUGCAAUUCGCUGUUAUGGCUAUGUCAAUUAUGAUUCAAUUAGUGCUGCUUCAAGAGCUAUUCAUUUAGUGAAUGGGACAUUUCUUUUUGGUAGACAAAUUGAAGUCAGUCAUCAGGUUCCCAAGUCUGAAAGAGAAGCUUUAGCGAAUGAGCAGAAUAUGAAAUCACAAAAAUUUACAAAUAUUUAUAUCAAGAAUAUUGCUCUAGAUGUAACAGAGAACGAAUUGCGCGAAUUGUUUGGUUCAAUUGGCCCUGUAUCUUCCUUAUUAAUUCAACGUGAUGAAAUUAAUAUUUCAAAAGGGUUUGGAUUUGCUAAUUAUGAAUCUCCUGAAGACGCAGAAAAGGCGAUUGAAAAAUUCCAUAAUUAUGAUUUUUAUGGGAAAAAACUAUUUGUCACUCGAGCACAGAAAAAGUCUGAACGUGAGGAUGAAUUGAGACGUCAACAUGAUUAUCAAUCACGUAUAGAGAAAACACCAAAAUACCAAGGGGUUAACUUAUACGUAAAGAAUCUAGCUGAUGAUGUGGAUGAUGAACGAUUAAAGAAAGAAUUUGCUCGUUAUGGACAAAUCACAAGUGCCAAAGUGAUGAGGGAUGAAAGAACAGGUAUGUCUAGAGGAUUUGGAUUUGUUUGCUUUGCAUCACCAGAGGAAGCAACUGAAGCAGUUGUGCAAAUGAAUGGUUGUCAAAUUUCUUCAAAAGAAAUUUAUGUUGCUGUUGCACAGCGUAAAGAAGAUCGUCGUCAGUUUCUUGAGUCACAGCUUGCACAGCAGAAGAAUUUCCUAGUUCCUCUUUCACCACGUCCAUAUCAUCCACAACAAAACUCUUCAUCUGGACAAGAUGCCAAGUAUUCCAGUGAUAACACUAUUUCUACCCUUAACUCAAAUGAUACAAGUAACCCAUAUGAAUUAACAUUAGCUGGUUUAGAAGCCUAUUCACCGGAAGUCCAAAGUCAAAUUUUAGGUGGACGAAUUUAUUCAAUCAUGUAA